AUGGAAAAUGGAGACCUCGAGCACCAAUUAAGAUGCUGUAAAGAUCAAGGUCUUGACGACUGCUCACUCCCCAUUGUUUUCAACAAGGAUGGAGUUGGUGAGAGCCUGCAAGGACCUUCAGAUGGUCGACGAUACACGUGGCUUCGAGGACCUAAACGAAACCAACGGAGGCUCUUUCUCGACUACCAGUGGAGCUUGACCAUACCUGUUUUUGGGGCCAAGGAAAAGUUUCGCUUUGAGUUGGCUCCGCCACAACGGUUACCGUUCCUGGAAGAGGCCUCGGGACCAGAGGCUAAUGGUUUCUUUGGCGAAGUGUCGCGGGCGGUGAUUCACGCAAGCCACAUUGUGGGCCAUCCAGAACUUCCAAAAAUCUCAUGGACAUCGAAGAAAUCGGAUCAGAAAGUGGAGAUUCCGGCGUACGAGAUCGCAAUCAAGAGGUUGAAGAGAAGUGAACAAGUACCUGAGGUACAAUGGGAGCAACUGGUCAACAAGGAGAGGGAAAACUUGAACCGAGCACGAGAACUAGAAUCGCCCCAUCUGAUUAAGCCUAUUGCCGCGUAUGAGCGCAAGCCAGAUCGUUGUUUUAUCUUUCGCUGGGCUGACGGCGGUAAUCUUGGUGAUUAUUGGAGAGAAAAUGAAGCGGAGGCUCGUCAGCGAGAAAGUGUAUUGUGGCUGCUUGGACAGUUCGUCGGUAUUUGCUCAGCUCUGCAAGUACUUCAUGGCCGGAAUGUACGACAUGGAGACCUGAAACCAGAGAACAUGCUUCUAUUCAAGCGUGGAUAUGACAGAGGAUGCCUACAGAUAGCGGAUCUUGGUCUCACUACCUUUUACGAAAAAGGAGAGCACACGAAUGUCCGCGUAGGUAAGGAUACGAAGACUCCAUCAGGUACUAGACGUUAUAAACCCCCAGAGGUUGACGAGCUGCGUGGCGAAGGACAACCUCGCUCCCGUCAAUAUGACGUCUGGAGUUUUGGCUGUAUUCUACUCGAGCUUCUCGUGUGGCUUGUUUGCGGCUAUAGCGCCCUCGAGAAGUUCAGGAAGGGUACCUCCGAAUAUUUUUGGCGGGGACCGCAAGCUGAUGGUAAACCUUACAAAGUCCACAAGUAUGUUUUUUUGGUUAUGGCAUGGUUGGACGGACAGUUGGAAGCUGGCUCAGCCUACAAAAAUAUACUCAAGCUUAUACAGGAAAAGCUACUCGUAGUUCCCGUGUCUUCGAACUACGAGAAAGCGAGUAUACCAGGCUACCGUCAUAAAGCCAGCGAGGUUCAUCCAACCUUACGAGAUAUCUAUGAGCGGAGUCGGUACCAAGAAGGGUAUCUCAAGAUGCCAAAAUUGACGUAUCCUUCUUUUGGCCAAGUCAAGGACAUUGCCAAAAUCGGAGGAAAGCUUGCGCCACCGAAACAAAAAGACCCUCCGAAUCUGAUUUCCGAACUAAAACCAGCCCCGAGCCCGGCCGAGGAAUUGCCCCCUGAGCAGCCUACGGAAGACAAGCUCAAUGACGGCUGGACUUCAGUUCCAGAUAAUGACUUUGCUACAGAUUUCUUCGAAAACAUUGGGUGGGAUCUGGUCAGACUCAUGCCACGUGGGAUUACCACGAGGCUGUGUGGUUCGUGCAAUUCGAGCAACUCAGAGUCCAUAUUCGACAAGUUCUGCGACGUUGCAGUUCUGCAAGGAAAAGCUCGAAAUUGCGAUCUGUGCAGCCUUCUUCAAGACGCAUUAGAAUAUAAAGGCAUCAAGGCACCCAUAACUGUUGAGCUACGUCAGAAUGCUGCUCAUGUGGGACUAAAAGAUGGCCCCAAUCUUUUGUCACUUUAUUGUGAGCCAGGUAGACUCCCAGAUGGCGCACAUUUCGGCUUGCCAAUCCUUUUCGAUCAAGCCUCUCCCGAAUUUUUCACUCUCCUUAAGGAAUGGAUCCGGGUGUGCGACUCGGACCAUGACACGUGCUAUCGCAAAGGGAAAGAUGUACAGAGUAAGCCAACACGGCUAAUUGAGAUAGGCCAGCGGAUCCGUCUUCUAGAGACGGAAAACAUCCACUCUUGCCAAUAUGUCGCACUCAGUCACUGCUGGGGACCUUUGAAAGAGAACGAGAAAUUCUGCACAUACAAGCGUAACAUCGAACAGCUGAAGACGGGCAUCGCUUUUGAGGCUCUGCCACCUACCUUCCAGGACGCUGUAACCGUGGCUCGUGGUUUGGGGAUUGGCUACAUUUGGAUUGACUCAUUAUGCAUCAUCCAAGAUGAUGAAGAUGACUGGCAGCGUGAGUCAGCUAAGAUGGAGCUCGUGUUUAGCAUGUCGUACUGCACCAUUGGCGCGAGUUCGGCAAAGUCUUCGCUAGACGGCUUUUUGCAUGAGCGAACACCGCGAACUGUCAUCAAGCUGCCUGCAACAAGUACCAAAGCCACUUAUGCUUGUGUAGACAUUGAUGACUUUCACGCCGAUGUAGAACUCAGCGCGCUCAACAGCCGGGGCUGGGUACUGCAGGAGAGAGCAUUGUCUCGCCGGACCAUAUUUUUUACUUCGACGCAGGUCUAUUGGGAGUGCGGAGCCGGGAUUUAUUGCGAGACGCUCGCUCGCCUUGAGAAUUCUAAAGUUGCUCUUCUGGGCGAUGCAAACUUUCCCAACGCUGCUGUUGCUCAUUACCGGGACGGUAGACAACUGCUCAUUCAAGAUCUCUACGAACGAUACUCAGGUCUAGCAUUUACUAAGCCUGCAGACCGGUCAGUUGCCAUUCUGGGCUUGCAAGAAAGACUCGCUCGGACUUUCGGGACCAGGGCUGCCUAUGGCCUUUUCGAGGAAUAUUUCGCCCGAGGGCUACUCUGGAAACGUCGCGAUCUAACACGUAUGAAGCGAAUUAGCCAGCCACCCGGUCGUCGUGUACCGUCGUGGUCAUCUCUCUCGAAAGAGGGUGGCAUCCAAUACAUGGACGCCACGACUGAAUUGAGAUUCAGGGAAGUUGAUUGGGCGGUAGAUGAUUUCAAGAACCCUUUCUCGGUGGUUGGUGGUAUUGAGUCCGCUUCAUUUUUGGGCUUCGCAAGGAAGAUUAAAUCGUCCAAGUACGACAUGUUGGUUAAUAUUGCGUUCGACGACAGUGAAGAGUUCGCCGUCGAAGAGCUGAGGUGCGUAGUUAUUGGGAAGGACAAGAUGGGAGACUGCAAAUUCGACUUGAAGCGCCACGUCCUAGUUAUUCACCAAAGCCGUAACGCGUCGAGAGAUUCCAUCUACGAAAGAGUUGGGGUGGCAUCACUUGAGCCUGCAGUGAUCGCAAGUGAAGGGUCGUGGGUAACUAUCUGCUGA